AUUCGUGGGUUUAAUACAUACACAAGAGAAUUAAUAGCUUUAAACUGAGGGUGAGUCUGAGACUGAGAGAGAAGAAAAUACAUUAUAAUUCCAAGCUAAUUCAUUAAGAGAUGGCCAUGACCCGUGAAUCUUGGGCUUUUGUGUUUGGCCUCAUAGGCAACGUGAUCUCUUUUGCGGUGUUCCUUGCUCCAAUACCGACCUUCUACCAAAUAUAUAAGAAGAAAACGAGCGAGGGAUUUCAGUCACUUCCAUAUGUGGUUGCACUCUUUAGUGCAAUGCUUUGGAUUUACUAUGCAUUGGUUAAGAAAGAUGCUGCUCUUCUUCUUAUCACCAUUAAUACCUUUGGAAUUGUUGUAGAAACUGCUUACCUUGCCAUCUUCCUGUUUUAUGCCCCAAAGAAGGCUAGGUUUUCCACUAUCAAGCUUCUUAUGUUGCUGAAUGUGUUUGGAUUUGGAGCUAUGUUGUUGGCAACUCUGUACCUAUCUAAGGGAGCGAAGCGUCUUGCUAUCAUUGGAUGGAUUUGUCUCGUUUUUAACAUUAGUGUUUUUGCUGCGCCUCUCUUCAUCAUGAGGAAAGUGAUCAAGACGAGGAGUGUGGAGUACAUGCCAUUCACUUUGUCCUUCUUCUUAACCAUCAACGCCGUUAUGUGGUUCUUCUAUGGCCUUUUCCUCAAAGACUACUACAUUGCUCUUCCGAACACGCUGGGAUUUCUGUUCGGGAUCAUUCAGAUGGUGCUGUAUUUGAUGUACAGAAAUGCGACACCGGUGGCACUGCAAGAGCCAGUGAAAGCACAAGAGCUUAAUGGCCACACCAUCGAUGUUCUCAAGAUCGACACCAAUCAUGCUCUUGCCAAAGUCUAAGGGAUCACUUCAAUUACUCCAUCCUAUAUAUUUAAGUGUCUCUCUCUUUUUAUUAAUGUAAUUAAAGCAUCGUGUGGUUUAAAUUUUAACGUACGUACAUAAAGGUAGCUCUAAAAUAUUUCCAUAUUCUCAAUUACAUAUAGCAAGCUUAUUAAUUAGCCUGUCAUCUUUAAUUUGGAAAUAUCACUCUCUCUCUCUCAGUGUAUCCCUCAGUCAAACUCAAAAUUCACUUCCCUUGUAUACCUUAUCAAUGUUUCCCGUAAUGAAAAUUAAUUGUUCAGUAA